AGAGGGGAGUUUGGAAGAGGUAUACAUGCCUAUAAUACUUUCUCCUCGAAGCGCAAUACACAUACAUCUAGGUUACAGAUAUAUACUAACAGCAUAUCUACUCACUCAUCGCCAGCUCCUUAAUUCCCUCCGUGUUCAACCCACCGGUGGUUCCUCUACUUCUACUCUCCGCCCACACAUCCCCAUCCCGGCCCUCGCUAGCAUUGCAGCCCGCCACCACAAGCUAAACCAGUCCGCCCCGCCGCCGCUUCUUUCCCUCAGCGGGCGCUACCUGCCGCUGCUGUACCACCUGAUCUCCGUCCUCAUCGCCGAGCCGCAUAAUUAUACAGUCGUGGUGGUAGAUGCCGAGAACCGUUUCGAUCUUACUCGUCUCGUUUCUUCUUCUACUACUAAUGUAACUAAGAUUACAGAUACUAGUGGCAGUGACAGCAGUAGUUAUCCCGCCCGGGUAUCUGAUCUAAGGCAUGUCCACGUCUACCGACCAGCGCGGGGCCAGGAACAAGUAAGGGCGGCGGUAGCUGCAGCGGAGCAGUGGAUGGUGUACGGGGCGCACGGGAGCCGGGCGCGGAAAUGGUGGGGCACGGUGGUGAUCGGUGGUGGGAGCGGAACGGGCCCUCACGCGAGCAGUGCAACUAAGGGCGACGUGAACGCGGGGUGGAAGGGCUGGCUCCGGGUGGAACGUGAGGAGGUUCCUGGGUUUCCCGCGGGGAUUAGUGUGGAAGAAGCAUUGCGCGAUAGGGAACAGAGAAGGCGGGCUGUCGAAGCGGCGGGGUGGGUGGCGGGGUCAGGGGUUGGACGGUAUACGUGGAAAGAUGGAUGAUGUCUACAUAGUUAUGUGGCUCGUAUUUGAAUGGUGGUUUUGCAUGAAUCACUUCCCACCUAACCUAGACACCUGAUAUCUAUCAUAAGAUCAUGAUCUUGAAGUCGAUACAUUAAUGCU